AUGGGCAAAGGACAGCGUAUGUCUGUACUCAAGCAAGACCACAACGCCUACAACGACAACGAAGUGCUCCAAACAGUACUGAUGGGGCAUGAGCAGCUGUACAGCGUCAUGCUAGAGAAAGAUGCCAUCUAUGCCAAAGCUGACUUUUCUGAUGAAGAUGGGGAGCGUGUAGGCGAGUUGGAAGCACUCUUCGCCGAAAUGAACGGCUGGGAAGCCGAAAGCGAUGCAGCAUCCUUACUCAGCAACCUAGGUAUUUCGGAAGACUUGCACUACAAGACCUUGAAAGAAUUGGACGGUAAGCAAAAAGUAAGGGUUUUGCUCGCACAAGCCUUAUUCAACGACCCCGAUAUUCUACUCCUCGACGAACCUACCAACGACUUGGACGUAGAUACCAUCGUGUGGCUAGAAGAUUUCUUGGCAGAAUAUGAGAAAAUCGUACUAGUUGUAUCGCAUGAUCGCCACUUUUUGGAUGCGGUAUGUACGCACAUCGUCGAUAUCGACUUUAGUAAAAUAAAAAUAUACUCCGGUAACUAUACCUUCUGGUACGAAUCGAGCCAACUAGCAGCCCGCCAAGCAGCCGAUCAACGCAAGAAAUCCGAAGAUAAAGUAAAGGAGUUGCAAGAGUUCAUCCGCCGAUUCUCCGCCAACGCCUCCAAAUCGAAACAAGCAACCUCCAGAAAAAAGGCUUUGGAAAAAAUAGACCUCAGCGAAAUACAGGCCAGCACCCGCAAAUAUCCUGGGAUUAUUUUCAAUAGUUCAAUGGCGCGCGAAGUAGGCGACCAAAUACUCGAAGUGCAUGGACUCACCAAAAAAAUGGGAGGCGAAUAUCUUUUCAAAGACGUGAGUUUUACCGUCAAUAAAGGUGACAAAAUAGCCUUUAUGUCGCGUAACUCGUUGGCUACCACGGCAUUACUCAAUAUACUAUCUGGCGAAGACACAGACUUCAUAGGGCAUUUCAGAUGGGGUGUUACAGUUACAACUGCCUAUUUGCCUACCGAACACGACCACUUCUUUGUAUCGAAUGAUAGCUUGAUAGACUGGUUGCGCCAAUAUACUGACAAUAAAGAUGAAACCUAUGUGCGUGGAUUUUUGGGACGGAUGCUGUUUGGUGGAGAAGAGACGCUAAAGGCAUGCUCGGUGCUUUCGGGAGGCGAAAAGAUGCGUUGUAUGUUUAGCCGCAUGAUGUUGCAAGGCGCCAAUGUAUUGCUUUUCGAUGAGCCUACCAACCACCUCGACCUAGAAAGUAUCACCGCACUCAACAAUGGGAUGCGUGACUUUAGAAGCAAUAUUCUUUUCACUUGUCGCGACCACGAGUUGACCAAUACUGUGGGCAACCGAAUCAUAGAAAUAUCGCCAAAUGGUAUGAUAGAUCGCCAAACCACCUACGAUGAGUAUAUCUUUGAUGAUCGAGUAAAAUCCUUACGAGCGGAGCUGUAA